AAGUUUGGCAAGUUCCCAAAAGCCUUGUUCAAAUCGGCCCCAGUUUCUUGUACAUUCAAUAUCAAUAUUUUCAAGUUGUCGUUGCAUGUUGUAGAAGACUAUUAGAAACACAUUGAGGUCUGAAAAUGUUGCUGCUGAAUCGAAAAGACGUGAACCUGAAAUGUUGUCAUUUUCUGUUUCAAGUAAUCAGUAAUUAUCGGUAAUAACCAAACAGUUGCUAAUGUUGGGAAACUCUGGAGAAAGUUGAACUAAAUGUGAGAAAAGUUUCUCUAGAGAGCUAGGAUAGAGGGGGAGGAAGGGGAGGAGGAAGAAUCCCUCCAGCCAAAGGCUCUGCAGAUAAACUGCAUAACAACAGUUUGCCUGCAGAAACCCGCUGUCUCCCAAAAGUAUUAAGCAGUAAAGUUUGUUGAUAGUUGUUUUAUGGGAUUGUUUUUUUGACCCAGAGGACCAACAAGGAAACUUUUAUUUAAACAGAUGGAGCUUUUGCAGCAUUUGAGAGGGUUACUUUCUGACUCUGCUGCCAAUCACACUUUGUGUAAACGUGAUUUCUGUGGAUGCGUGUGUGUGACAACAAGGCACAAAGUAAUGUGUGUGUGUGUGUAUCCGCUACGCCAGCACUGAACCUCCGGAAGCCUUGUGUGACCUGCAGUGCGUGACCACCUGCACCGCUCCUCGUACAUCACUGUCCUUGUGUGCGUGUGUGCGUGCACGUGUGUGCUUUGGUAAUGGGCUGGAUUUGCAGACAAAGCGGUACGGCUGUGACAUUGAGACCCGAGGUGGCUCUCUGUAUGGAAGACAAAAUGCUCAUUCCACAAAGCUUACCACCUUUCAUCGCAGGUUAGGUGCUGUUUCCAUAAAGGCGUGGUUAUGCUGAUUAUUUUUCCCAUUUACAUUUUUUGUAGGAUUAGGCAUUACUUUGAGGAGUUGGAAGGCAAAUAUCCAAUCGCGAUACCUCGGAUCUAAUUUUCUGACAUUCAGAAUUCUGACAUUUUAGGAGCUUAAAUGACCUUUCUGAGGAUAACUAGCUGCUUUUGUCUUUCUGUCCAUAGUCUGGGCAUUGUUAUCCACGCUGCUACCCGCCACCCUGUCAUUAAAUACCCGUGACCAGUCACACAUAUUCACUCGGUCAAUUUUGUGUUAAAAAUCCAACGUAAUGUGUUAUAACGCAAUUGUAUACUUUGGCACAAGAUAAUCUGAUAAUGCAAACUGCUGGAAGCUUGUAGAUCCGUCCGGGGGGGGGGGCGUCCAACGACGUGAGCGUAAGUGCUCUCGUUGGGCAGAAAGCAGAUCUGGUGAAAUGACAAAAGAAGAGUGAAGAAAACAACAGCUCGUUUCUCCGCUCGUUCUCCUCCUGCCUCGCUGUCCCUUUCCCGGUGGAAACAGGAGACGAACAACAAGGAUCUCUGCGCUGUGAUUGGCUCGUUCUCCUCUCACUGUGACCUGUUAAAUUUAUCCAUCGCUGCACCGUAGCUCAGCCCUCCCCCUCCGCUACUGUGUGUGUGUGUGUGUGGAGGGAAAGAGGAUUAACGCACACACACAGACACACACACACUGAGCCAUGUGGGCUGAAGCACUCACCUCCACCAGGCUGCAACGGGAAUGCACAUUCUGCAGCAUCCGUCCCGUUUGAAGGAUUUUGGGAGCACAUUUUGAGGAAGAUUUAUUGAAACAAAUUAAGAGAACUUUUUCACAAUAUUUAUUUCGGUGACUUUUUUUUUUUUUUCAUUCAUUGGCCUUUGUUAUGAACUGGAAUUGCACCGAGCAGCCGCAUCCGUGUGCAGAGCUAAUCUGGUUGGCUGAUCUGUGCACUGGUAAAAGAGCAGGGCCGGUCUGUAUCGGCUCCUCGCUUUGGGACGUUGUCGUCGGAUGAGGCUUCUGAAAUGAUUUGAGACUCUAGCGGGUCAUUUCCUCUCUGUUUUUGGUCAUUUUUCCUCGGAUUUUCUGCCUUUGGGAGCUUUCAUAUUUCUUGGCACUGUGACUGUCUCACUGUUUUUGAGUUUUUGUGUCUAGUGUGAGUGAAAUUCACACCAAAUUUACAAUUCCCACAAUGCCGAGCAGAGAGUCGCAUGUGGUGAAAAGGGGUAAAAAGCCGCCGCGCAGGCGGGCCGAGAAGCCGGCGGGUCAGAAGGGCUCUUUGUUGACUGCAGCUCUCAGGGCCCGCGUCCACCCGGCCCCCUCCAAACCCACCUCUCCCGCUUCCACUUUCUGGCAACCAAUCAGGUCUUUUGCCCUUUCGCAGCUCACGGCGCUGGUGCGGCGGGCCACCCUGAGGGAGAGCGACUUGGCGCCCAAGUACGAGAAGGUCCACAACUUCAAGGUUCAUACAUUCAGAGGCCCCCACUGGUGUGAGUACUGCGCUAACUUCAUGUGGGGUCUCAUCGCUCAGGGAGUCAAGUGUGCAGACUGCGGGUUAAACGUCCACAAGCAGUGCUCCAAAGUCGUGCCCAACGACUGCCAGCCGGACCUGCGGCACGUGAAGAAGGUGUACAGCUGCGACCUGACCACGCUGGUGAAGGCCCACAACACCAAGCGGCCCAUGGUGGUGGACAUGUGCAUACAGGAGAUCGAGGCUCGGGGUCUGCAGUCGGAGGGCUUGUACAGGAUAUCUGGCUUCAGUGAGCUGAUUGAAGACGUCAAGCUGGCGUUUGACAGAGAUGGAGAGAAGGCGGACAUUUCCUCAAAUGCUUACGAGGACCUCAACAUCAUUGCCGGAGCCCUCAAGCUCUACUUCAGGGAGCUGCCUAUUCCGCUCAUCACGUACGACGCCUACCCGCACUUCAUCGAAACAGGAAAGAUCGCAGACGCCGAGAAGCGACUGGAGUCUCUGCACGAGGCCUUAAAGCUGCUGCCGCCGGCCCACUGCGAGACGCUGCGAUACCUCAUGGCUCACCUCAAGAGGGUGACCGAGUACGAGAAGGAGAACCUCAUGUCCAGCGAGAACCUGGGAAUCGUCUUCGGCCCGACCCUGAUGAGGGCCCCCGGGCUGGACGCCAUGACGGCGCUCAACGACAUCCGAUACCAGAGACUUGUGGUGGAAACGCUCAUUAAAAACGAAGAUGUGCUUUUCUGAGCGGACCGGAGGCGAAAGCGCUGGUGUGAAAGGAUGGAGAAAAAAAAAUGGGACUUUUUCCAAGAAAAUGAAACGUGGAAGGUGCGUGUCGCUCGAGAGGAAAACAAGGAAGGAGGGAACAAUGAAGGAAGGGACUGUUUGCAACGAAGGAAACCAGUUUAAAAAGGGGGAAGAAGUAGAACGAAGAAUGUAGUGUUUCCCCACAUCGUUUAAGUUAAAUUGUAAAUUAAGGACGAUUUUCCAGCUUCACUCGAUUAGAAAUGAGCAAAUAUCUGCGAUGAUGAUCCAGGGACAAAUAUGUUCCCCGUUGUUGGGAGAAAUGAAUUGAACGCCACGGUGUCCGUGUGGGGGAAGCGUUCUGUGUUAAUAUCUUUCUUAAUUUGAUGCCUUCAGUUUUUGGUUUUGUUUUUCCCGCAGACUUACUUUUAAGAAGCUUUUGUUUGCAAUGUUCGUAUUGCAUUCGGGCCCGAAAACUAAUGAGCCACAAUCUCACGAACAAGUGCCACCUCGUGGUCACCAAUAGGUUUUAGUGGAAUUUUUUUAAAUUAAUUUUGUUUGCAUUUAAUCCUCCUUCAGGAAGAAGAAGAAGAAGCACUGACAGCUGGAUGAAUGAAUGAUUAGAAAAAGAAAACAGCUCUGAUUCCUCUGCAUGGAACUAAAGUGACAUUGGACCUAUUUGUCUUUUUAAACUUUUUACUUAACAGCUUCCUCUUCUGUUCCACAGACUGAAACAUAAUUAUACAGUCACUUUACACUAAGCAGGUUUUAGUUGCUAACACAGACGUAUGAUAAGCGGUUUAAGGGUUGUUGCUGUGUAAUUACAUGACAACUGAGGGGGCUGUAUAGUAAACGGUUAGACUUUGUUCGCCACUUAAAGGGAAGCUUUGGGAACAUUUUCCUUCUGACCUGCAGCCUGUUCUUCUUCUCCGUCGGGGCUUUGAACUCAUCGUAACUGACUUGAAACUAUAUUUGUGAAAGGGUUUUUAUGUUUGGACUUUGCUAUGGAUUGUCAUUUUUUUAAAGCAGUUCUGUCAUUAAGUAGAUUUUUGUUGGUUGUUGAAAUAAGAAUUUAAAUUCUUGAACGCUCUCCUGCACUCGAUUUAAGCAGAUUGAAAUAAUCAUUUGACUUUGUUGGCCUGAGUAGGUUAAGAGAUUAUCUGAAAUUAAAAAAAUGAUGGGCAAAAAAGAUGAAUAUAAAAAAACUAUUAAUUUCUCUGUAUCCAUGUUUCAUGAUGAGGCCAUAAAAGACGAUCAAACUGAAAUUGUGACGUUGAUGAUGAAAGCAGUAACUUAAAUGACAUCUCUUGUAUGAAGGAGUUUAAUCGCCACAACUUUCUAACUAGGGCCAUUUGAAGAGGGGUGUAUGUCCCCCCCACACACACACCUAUACUAACACACUAAACCCUUGUUUUAUUCAUUUCUACCCCCAUUUAUGUCGGGGGGACACUGAAUGACUUCCUGCUCCCAGUUAACUUCAUCGGGGUUUUAAAAACCAACUGCUGGGUGUAACAUUACUAUUUUUCUAACAAAUCCUGAUUAGUUUUUAUUUUUUUUAUUUGGACAAGUUGUACUAGCUAUCAACCCUAAGCCUAAACCAACGAUAACAUGUGAGCCUCCAGUGCUUCAUUGAUUCACGUUGUUUGUUUCUUUUUGUUGUUCUUUUUACUAUCAUUGCUGUAAAGUUUUUUUCUACCUGAUUUCUGCAUGCUGAAAUUAAAUUAUUAAAUAUGCAUCACAGUUGGUA